CUUCAUCACGCGUCGCUCAUUGGCCAAGCGACUGUGCGACAUUUUAAUAAACGGACAAGAAAAAAUUUAACAAAAAAAAUUUUACUUUGGUUUCUCUUUAUACUUUUUUGCAUCUUCUUAUAUUUAUUUCCAAAUAUAUUAUCACAAAUAAUAUCCAUCGUAUUAUAAGUGUUUCAAAAACAUAUUCAACAACUGAACUUAAAUAAAUGUGAAUGCAAAUAAAAUCCAAUUUGAUAAAGUGAAAAUUUUCGCGCUAUUCUCCACACACAUACAAAACACAGUCAAGGGGGGAUACCGACGAAAACUGAUUGAAAAAAUAGUAAAAUAAAAAAAAAAACCAUUUAUAGUGUUUUGAAUAACAAAGUUGCAUAUUUAAAACAUUUGCCAGAAAUCCAUAAAUCAUGGUUGGAAUAGACCCAUCCGAUAUCGGAAAACAUCAGAAACUGAUAAAAAUCGCUCAAGAAGACAUGUCACAAAUCGAUGUGCUUGUAUGUGGUCGUUGCUUGGGCGUCUUCCAUUUUGUUGAAGAAUUUAAAGAUCAUAAGCGUUUCGCAUGCGACAAAGAGACACAAAUUCGUGAUGGCCCCGAUACGAAACCAAAAAUCUGGGCAUUUCUCUUAUGGAAAGCAAGCCAAUUAAAUAAUAAAGACAACAACAACAGCAGCAAUAAUAGCAGCUUCAACAGUAAUCUAACAUCUGGCAAUAAUCAACAACAAAAUUCAUGGGCUCUCUAUCAAACAUGGGUGAAAAUGGAAGAGAGCAUUCGCGAAACAUGGAUUGUAGCUGGCAAGACAAUACAAUCUUUUGCUAAAAUGGGUCAUGGUGGUUUACAAGAGAUGCCCGUAAAAAUUACAAAAACUGUUGUUGAUAAUGCAAAUACUAAUCCUGAAGUUAAAAAACCAACGGUUCCAUUAAGUAAACCAAUUUUGACCAACGUAAAGCCGCCGAUCGUUACAAAAAAACAAGAUGAAGAAAAUGAUCUCUCACCGAUCCGCAGUGCGGUUGUUAAAAAACCACCACUACCCGUACAACAGGUCCCGAAUAAAUUGGUAACAAGUACACCAAUUCAAAGAGUUCCAAACCGUCGUGCCAAGCGAACUAUUCCAAAUGCAAAUGGUGAAACCGAAGAAGAAGUCGUUGAAAAAAUCGUCGCUAAACGUUUUAAUCCACGCAGAAAAAUGCAUGAGUACUUAGUUAAGUGGGAAUCGUGUUCGCAUGAGCACAAUACUUGGGAACCACAAGUUCAUUUGGAAAAUGUGCCACAAAUUUUGGAAACUUUUGAGAAACAACUUGCCCGUCAAAAGGAACAACGAGCUGCCCAACAGGCCAAACAACAAGCAGCAAGUCUUGCAGCCGCUAUUAAAGUCGUUGACUUAAAAAAAGAUGUCAUAAAAGACCCAAAUAAAAUAGAAGAUACACCCAAAUUGAAUCUAUCAUCACCAGGCAGUGAUUCAAGUCGUUUAUCAAGAACAUCUAAAAGUAAAGCCCUAGAUCAAGUAAAACAAUGGUGUGCCGAUGAAGCAGUCGAACAGAAUACUCCUUCCACUGGUGCCACAAGUAUGGCAGCUACACCAGUUCAAAUACAAACUCCACAUCCUGUAUUGCCUCCUCAAGUUGGUUUUGGUGGCGGCGGUGGUGGAAGCAAUUUGGCACUAAAAAGAAAAUUAGAUGAUAGUGAUUUUGAUGAUUCGGCAAUGAUUGGCGAUGAGGAUUUGGAAGAAGAUCUUAUUCCUUCUCAUACAGUGAAAAGGAUGAAAAAUGGCGAUACUGUGUCGGUUAAAGUUGAGACCAAAAAUGAAAGAGCAGUUGAGUCUAAAGUAAUAAAGGUCAAUGGAAAUAUUAAAAAUCCUCCUACAUCUGAAUCAUUUUCUGCUGAUGUAAUCAUUACCCAGGAUACACAAACUUCUGGAGUUGUCAAAAAAGCUGGUUUUAAUGGCGCAACAACAAACAAUUCUUCUCCUAAAACCGAAGCUCACAUUCGCUUACUUUCAAGAGGUGAAACAAAUAGUGGCAUUGUAAGAAUGGGAAGUGAAGCUGCUGUUACUUUAGCUGCAAACACUAUUGAAAACGGCCCAGUUACAAAUAACCAAAGCCCAACAUCAGCUGCAACCGCAGCACAAUCAUCAUCCUCUCCGAGUGCAAUAUUGAAUACAAUUCAUCGUACUCAAAUGAAUAAAUCGCUCCCAACGAAUCCAUUGUCAAGCAUUGGUAACAUACAAAUAACCCAAGUUCAACAAUCAUCGAACACAAUGAGGAGCUCGAGUCCAAGACUUAUCAAUAGUCAAACUACAAUUGCACGCACUACAUCAUCGACAACAUCAACAGGAGGUUAUCAUCAUCAACAACAACAGACCAGAAUUCAACAGAACACACCCAAAACUGUACAGACAAACACACGUGUGCUACAGAGCCAACCACGAACGGCGACCAUUGCUCAAAGAAAAUCUCAAUCGCCAGGUAUUCAGCAGACAUCGCCAACAUCGGGUAAAAUGAUUAUUCCACGUGGCAAGGUAGCCAAUACAACACAACCAUCGCCAGUUAUGCGAACUCAAACACCAGAGCAAAAGAUUUUACAACUCUCAAAAUCUGGCGAUUUGAAAGUUACCAAGAAAAUUAUGUCGAAAGAAACGACAACAAAACAACAUCAACUUGCACGCAGUCACCAAUCACAAGUUCAGAUUCAAAAGGUGCAACAAAUUGCUCCACCAACGCGACAUGUUGGAGCGCCGAAACAAAAGCAGUCACAAGUUAAGACUGCUGUUAUGGAUGUUUCAUCGUUUAAUAGUGACGAACAUCAGCCAGCGACGUUGUGUCCAAUUACAGGUAAAAUACUUGGUCAUGUAGAAGGAACAGAAAUGCAUGAAGAACAACAGCAACACCAUCAAAUCACAACGAUGCAAUCUGGUGUUUUGCAAACGCAAUUGCUUACUACCGCCGACCACCACCAGCAACAACAACACCAUGAACAGGCUGAUUUCCAAGAAAUGGAGCAAUCUGGUAAUCUCUUGCAACUUGCCGGCGAUCAACAACUCAUGACCAACGAAGAUGGCUCACCAUUGCUUGUGACUGGUGAAGAUGGUACAGUCUAUCAAGUAGCUGGCAAGAAUGCCGAGGGUCAAACAAUACUUGUAGCCCAAGGGGCUGAUGGGGAACAGCAAUUUGCCUAUGUAGCUGCUGCUGAUGGUGACGAAAAUAAUGUACUCACCCUGGACAAUGCUGUUGCAGAAGCUGUGGCACAACUAUCGCCCGAACAACAAGCUGAAGCGCUGGCCGCCGCUGCUGCUGAAUCUGGCCAGUAUAUUUUGAAACAAGAUGAUGGUCAUGGAGGCGAACUGGUUAGUAUGAGCGAAGCAAACGAAAUGAAUCCCGCGCAACAAGGUCAACUGUGCAUUCAGACAGGCAGCGAAAGUGGAGAAUCACAAGAUCAAAAUAUACCCGCUGAAGUUGUUCAAGCUGAUCUCCCAUCACCUGGCGGAACAAGACGUGUGGUCCUUUUACUGCAAGAUGGUACGUUUAUGAUAACUCAAAUGCAAGACGACGAAUACAAGUCUCUAAAUAUAGCGUCAUAAUGUAACUAGGUGUCACUUUUAUCAUGUAAAACUUAAGUAGGUUUAUAAUAAUUUAAAGAUUUAAGUAUCGUGUUAGAUCCCAUUUCUUCCUGCUUCCCAGAUAUAUAGUACAUAUACAUAAAAUAUGCACACACACACACACAGUAUAUGUUUUGUAUACCUUGUUUGUUUAUCCUUCUCUUCAUUAAUUAUAUCGCCGCAAGCUCUUUCGCUAGACAAAAUUUUUGUUGUAUAUAUUUCUGUUGGCGAAAGAACUCAGUGUCCCCUUUUUAGGAUUCAUUUAUUUCUUAAAAAAAUAAAAGAAAAGGAAACUCACUUUUCUUACCCAAAUGCAUAAUGGGUAAGCAAUAAAAAAAAAGUUAUGUUUGUUUUAUAUUCUUAAAUAAAUUAAUGUCUUUCGAGAUAUUUAUAAUAAAUUGACCCCGCGAUAUAAAAAAAAUGUACUACAAGUAAAUUGUAAUCAUAUUAUUUCCUUUUUUUAUUAUUUUUUAUUAACUAAAACAAAGUUUUUCCCCUAUUAUUUCAUUCAAUUCAAUUAAAAAUUUAAACAAAUUGCAAAUCAA